CAUGUUUUGCAUGUUUGCGAUCACCUGGCGAUUCGUUGAGCACAACUUCAAGUGGACGGGUAUUAAGCCGUUUGAAAUCAGACAACUGGUGUAUUUACUGCUGAACUCCUCGCUGGUUGGCAUACAAUUGAAACUAUUGAUGUUUUACGGACUAUUGCACUGUUGGCUGAACGGGUUCGCCGAGAUGAUGAGGUUUGGGUACCGGGAGUUUUACAGCGAUUGGUGGAACUGCUCAGAUUAUGUGGUCUUUUACCGCAAGUGGAAUAUUAUUGUCCACGACUGGCUCAGGGCUUAUAUUUUUGACACAUGUAUAUCGUGGAUAGGAAAUAAAGACAUAUCGGCGCUCUGGGUGUUCCUAAUAUCGGCUAUAAUUCACGAAUAUAUUCUUGCGGUGGCCUUUGGUUUCUUCCUACCGGUGCUGUUUCUAUCAUUCUUCAUAAUGGGAGCUAAACUUUGGGCGCGACUGGUGUUUGCAAACAAAUGUCUGAUCCAAAGACAGGUUUAUGGUCUCAAUAGUCGCCGAUGUCUAGCAAAUCAAGGGUCAGAUCCCGAGGAAUAUGAACAACAGGACCCCAAACACGACCACAGAUCAGAUGAGAAGAUAAUUAAUUUAUACGAAACACAUAUUCCGACCACAAAUGCACAGAAAGUGAUGCUAUCGGUGGGAUCUGCUAUCGCUGCCAUCACUGACCCCUACAGACAUGAUAUGGUGGCAGUAUUUGGCGAAACAACCGGUUAUUUUGCACUGAAGGAGAUGUACCAGAGUAUGAUUCGAGACCCUGAAGGCCGACAGAUACUCGAAGACAACCCGCGAAUCAAUUCAAAGACUAUAGAUAUCGAGUGGUUGGCAACGCUUCCGGAGGGAACGUUUGGUCGCGAAUACCACAACUUCUUAAGAAUUAAUAAAGUGAGUCCAGACACCAGAAUGUCCGUCAAGUUUGUAGAUGACGUCCAUUUGGCGCAAGUAAUGCAGAGGUAUCGUGAGAUCCACGAUAUGGUCCACACAUUGCUAUCAAUGCCGACCAAUAUGUUGGGCGAAGUUGUGGUCAAAUGGGUUGAAGCCAUUCAGACGGACCUUCCGAUGUGUUGGACGGGCGGACUGUUUGGUGCCGUACGACUGGCCCCUAAACAGCGCCAAAACUAUGUCAAUACGUUCCUCCCGUGGGCUCUCCGUUGUGGACAUGAGGCUAAGCCUCUGAUGAAUGUUUACUACGAGAAAAGAUUUGAACAAAAUAUUGAAGACAUGAGAAGAGAGCUUAACAUACCUCCCAUUCCCUCCAUCUCAUGA